AUGAAGAUAGAAUCGGUUCAACCAAAAGCAUACCUUGACAUCAGCAUUGAUUCAAAGCCAAUCGGGCGUAUUGUACUUGAGUUGUGUGAUCAACAAGCACCAAAAUCCACCUCUCGAUUUCUCCAACUAUGUCGUGGUGAGACUAUAGACAGAACAUUGCACUCUUACAAGGGAGCCAACUUUGACAAGGUGAUUAAAAAUUUUACCAUCCAAGCAAGAACUACAAAUAGUGGUGCACUGGGAAACAGUGAUGAAAAUGCAAAGGCCCUCUACGAGGAGAACUUGUGUGAAAGUUGUCCCACAUUUAGUCUUUGCUGGGCUAAUACUGAUCUGGAUCUCGCAGGUGACCAAUUCUUCAUUACGACGUACCCACAACCCCAUUUAGCGAAAAAGUAUACGGUAUUUGGCCAUGUGAUACAUGGUAAAUCUGUUGUUAGAGAAAUUGAGAGAGUGAGUACAAAUUCACAGUAUGAACCCACUGUUGCUGUGGUUAUUGAUUCCUGUGGAGAAUGGGAUGAGUCUAUGAAUAUUCCAAUUUUCAACGCCAGUUAUGAUCAAGUAGGAGGAGAUAUAUAUGAAGAAUACCCAGAUGACGACCAGACGAUUGAAGAGGACUCAGUCGAAUCUGCUUUUACUGCUAUAGAACGAAUUAAAGAAAGUGGAACCAUUUUGUUUAAAAGAGGUGACAAAAAUCAGGCGUAUAUGAAAUGGAGAAAGUGUUUGCGUUAUAUUGUUGAGUUUGACCCUGAUCAGGAUCAAAACCCCGAGUAUUUUCAAAAGUUCAAAGAAGUGAAGAAGAAGAUUUAUUUGAAUUUGAGUUUAGUUACUUUACAAUUGAAGCAAUAUAACGACUCAAUCAAGUAUUGUACUUUUCUCUUGGAUUUGGAUGAUGCCGUGGAACAGGAAAGAGCAAAAGCGCAUUUCAGAAGGGGCCUGGCUUAUUUCGAGUUGAACAAGUUGGAAUCGUCGCUCGUUGAUUUGAAAACAGCGCAUAAGAUUCUUCCGAGCGAUGAACUCGUACUGAAAAAAAUGCAAGAAGCAGAAUCUGCAUUGGAAGCUAAAAAGCGGAAGGAAAAGUCAAAGUAUGCAAAGUUUUUCGGUUAA